AUGUCGUUAGCAGAUGAACUAUUAGCAGAUCUUGAAGAAACCGAUGAUAAUGAUCAUGAUAUGGAAGAACCAGAACCGGAUUUUAUUCCGGCUUCUGUUUCUAAAACCAUCGAAGAAGUGAUAAAAGUCGCUUCUGUGAGGGAAUUAGCCAAACUUCGGGAUUCGGAUCUAUUACAGAAAGUGAUGGCUCAGAUAGAAAAAUAUAAUAAAGUACCUAGAAAGUCGGCUGAUAUUAUUGGGCCUGUAGAAUCUGAUCCAGAAUAUCAACUUAUUGUUGAAGCUAAUAAUAUGGCUGUAGAUAUUGAUGAUGAAAUAGCUACUAUACAUCGAUUUACAAGGGAUAAAUAUUCUAAAAGAUUUCCAGAAUUAGAAUCUUUAGUUGUUGGUCCAUUAGAGUAUGUAAUGACAGUUAGGGAAUUAGGAAACGAUUUAGACAGAGCAAAGAAUAAUGAAACAUUACAACAAUUUCUUACCCAAGCUACAAUUAUGGUAGUUUCUGUUACUGCUUCAACAACACAAGGUCAAUUAUUGACAGAAGAAGAAAAGGAAGCUAUUUGUGAGGCUUGUGACAUGGCAGUGGAAUUGAAUAAUUGCAAAUUAAAAAUAUUUGAAUAUGUUGAGAGUAGAAUGGCAUUUAUUGCACCAAACCUUUCUGUGAUAGUGGGUGCAUCAACAGCAGCAAAAAUUAUGGGUGUUGCAGGAGGUUUGACAAAACUUUCAAAAAUGCCAGCUUGUAAUGUUCUAGUCUUAGGAUCUCAAAAAACAACAUUAUCUGGAUUUUCUCAAGUUGCAACACUGCCUCAUACUGGAUUUAUAUAUUAUUCUGAUAUUGUACAAGACACCCCACCAGAUUUACGAAGAAAAGCAGCAAGACUUGUAGCAGCAAAGAGUAUGUUAGCUGCCCGUGUUGAUGCAGCCCAUGAAAGUACAGAUGGCCAUAUUGGUCAAAUGUUUCGUGAAGAAAUUGAAAAAAAGCUAGACAAGCUUCAAGAACCACCUCCAGUGAAAUUUGUAAAACCUUUGCCAAAACCUAUUGAUCCAGGACGAAAGAAGCGCGGUGGUAAACGUGUCAGGAAAAUGAAGGAACGUUACGCUAUUACUGAAUUCAGGAAACACGCAAAUAGAAUGAACUUCGCUGAUAUUGAAAAUGAUGCCUAUCAAGAAGACCUUGGUUAUUCGCGUGGAACAAUUGGUAAAGCGGGAACAGGCCGUAUUCGAUUACCACAAAUUGACGAAAAAACAAAAGUACGAAUAUCAAAAACACUCCAGAAGAAUUUACAAAAACAGCAGCAGUGGGGUGGUAGUACAACAGUUAAGAAACAAGUUUCUGGCACAGCAUCUAGUGUUGCAUUUACACCAUUACAGGGUUUGGAAAUAGUAAAUCCACAAGCCGCAGAGAAGAAACUAAAUGAAGCAAACGCUAAAUAUUUUUCAAAUACUGCUGGAUUUUUGAAAGUUAAGAAGGCGUGA